CCAUCAGACAGCAUCAUUCGUCGCGAACUGUUCGAUAACCGCAGAUCAAAACACCAACCAAGAAUCACCAUGAAAUUCCUGAUUGUCUUCGUCGCCCUCUUCGCCGUGGCUCUGGCCGCUCCUCCUUCUGAGGUUCAAGUCCUGCGAUCGGAAUCCGAUGUUGGACCUGAGAACUACAAAUAUGCUUUGGAAACUAGCGAUGGAACGUCGAAGAAGGAGGAGGGUCAACUGAAGAACGCUGGAACCGAGGAUGAGGCCAUCGUCGUUAAGGGCUCCUUCUCCUUCGUGGCCGAUGAUGGUCAAACGUACACCGUCAACUACAUCGCCGAUGAGAACGGAUUCCAGCCCCAGGGUGCCCAUUUGCCCGUUGCCCCCCUUGCCUAAGGUUAUAGAGUUUAAAUAAAUUGUUUAUAAAAAAAUA